AUUUGGUAUAACUGUUUAUCCACGAAUGUAAUUUCAGAGAUGACAUCUAACUACACGUUUGCAGCGCUGAAAGUAACGUCAUGGUUAGUACAUCCAUUCCUACUACUCUGCAUAGUCCUACUUCUGCUCUAUAAAUACCUUACCAGAAACUUCAACUACUGGCAAAAGCGAGCUGUACCAUUUCAUAAGCCCAUACCACUCUUUGGGAACUUUGCCGAUGUCAUGUUGUGGAAGACUUCCCCAUACGAAUGGCUGAAGAAACAAUACGAUUCCACUACUCAUCCAGUUUUAGGAAUAUACAUCUUAGAUGAUCCUUACUUGGUUAUAAACGAUCCUGAUUUGAUCCACUGUAUUUUGGUGAAGAAUUUCAGUAACUUCAGCGAUAGACAGAUCGCUGCACCUGUACAUGAUAAAUGCGUUGCCAAUCUCCUCUUUUUCCAAAAAGGACCAGAAUGGAAAGAAAGAAGAAGAAAACUGUCGCCGAUAUUCAGCACUGGAAAAAUCAAAUCAAUGUUGCCGACUCUCAAUGAAUGCGCCAGAGAUUUGUUGGAAUACUUGACCCGUCAAACUGGAGAUGUAGAGGCUAAAGAGAUGAUAGCCAGAUUCUCCACUGUUAUAGUAGCUAAAUACUUCUUUGGAUCUGACGUAGAUGCAUUCAAAGGUGACCCAGAUUUCAGAAAAUACGGAAGAGAAAUCUUCAAAUAUGAUUGGAGAAAUGCUGUGGUCCAGAGUAUUUUUCUUUUCAAACCCAAAUGGGUAGAUAUUUUCAAACUUCGAUUUGUCAAGCCGCACGCUGAAAAAUUCUUUCGCAAAGUUUUUUUAGACGCUAUGGAUUUGAGAAGACAAAAUUUGGUCGAAGUAGGCGAUCUGGUUGACCUGUUGAACGAAAUGGUAUCAAAAAGAGAAUGCUUUGGAGAUGAAGGAAUUGGGCAUGAGAAGAUUUUAAGUCCUGCAUUGCAGAUGUAUAUGGCGGGAUACGAAACUACCAGUUCAGCUGUAUCUUUUACUUUACUUGAAUUGGGUGUUGAUAUGGGUAUACAAAAUAGACUGAGAAAAGAGAUUAAAGACACAAUUGAAAAAUAUAAUGGAGUAACCUUUGAAGCAGUUCGCGAGAUGGAAUACUUGGAUAUGUGCCUCAGAGAGUCUCUACGGAAAUAUCCCCCACUUGGAUUUGUGGAUCGUAUCUGUAACCUCGACUUCAAAGUACCAGGAAUGGACUUAGUUAUAGAGAAAGGAAUCUGCGUUAUGGUGCCCAUAUUUGGUUUAUGUCGUGAUGAAAACUAUUUCCCUGAGCCAGACAAGUUCAUUCCAGAAAGAUUCUCUAAAGAAGGUAGAUCGGAUAACAAAAAUGUUUGGUUGCCAUUCGGCAAGGGUCCAAGAUAUUGUAUUGGAGAUAGAUUUGGAAUAAUGAUGUCCAAAUUGGCAUUGAUCCAUAUCCUCAAAAAUUUUGAAGUUCAGCUAUCUAUAAACACUGUAUAUCCUGUGGUGUUUGAUCCAAAGAGUUGGCUUACUCACCCCAAGGGUGGUCUACCGUUGAGAUUCAAGAAAAUCUAGUCAUAUUAUUAUCGUAGUCAUAAGAUAAUUAUAAUAACAAUAAUCAGACUUCAUUUUCAUGUUCGACAAAUUUCAUGCGUAUAUAUAGGAAUGGUCAUGAUGUGGUAAAAAUAAACAUAACAUACAUAUGAUAUAAGUAUACAAAAUAAAUGCAUGGCAAAAAUA